ACGAAUCCCUAGCGCCCGCCCUCCGUCGUGCCCCUGCUUCCACCCCACUCCGCGCGCCCUCCUUCAUCUGCACCACUCCGUCCGCGACCCUGCGUGCGCCGGUGAGCAGUGCCGCCGAGAGGACGACCUCCGCAGCGGCGCGGAGAUAAUAAAGAUGGACGAGGUCACACAAGCCGUUGAAAACCUGAAAAGUGAAUGGAGCCAAGCAGUUGCACAGCUUGAGGUGUGCAUUGCUGCAAUUGAAUUCUGUGGGAAGAUGGGGAAAGGGACAGAAGAAGCAAUGUCUCUUCCUAGGUUGAACGGUUCUGCACAGGAUGCACUGCAAUUGCUGAAUGCACUGCAAUGCAGGCUUGAUCUUCUGGCAGAGCAGCUACCCACUUUUGAAGAAGUUCAGUCUGGACAGGCAACCUUAGGAUCAUGGAAGGAACAGUAUCAGCGGCUGCGUGCGACCCUGAGGAGUGCUAACUUACAAGCAAAAGUGAACAUUGGAAAAGCUGCUCAAGAAGAGAGGGAGCUUCUUCUGGGAGGUGGAGAAGAGUCCACUAUUCGGAGGCGUAAUCUCCAGACAAAGGCUGGGAUGACAUCCGCUGCAGAAAGUAUUACUGAGAGCCUCCGUAGGUCUCGGCAGUUGAUGGUUCAGGAAGUGGAAAGAAGUGCUAAUACCUUGUCAACUUUUGAUGAAUCGACAAGUGUUCUCCGAAAGGCUGAAGGUGAGUAUCAAGGGCACCGCUCUUUGCUGAUGCGCACCCGUGGUAUGCUCUCCACGAUGCAACUACAAGAUGUUCUCGAUAGGAUCAUCCUGACCAUUGGGUUCCUCGUAUUCUCCUUGGCGGUUCUCUAUGUUGUCUCAAGACGUAUUGGCCUGUUGACACUGCAAAGGAAGCUAGCUGAUGCUAUCAGAUCAGGCUCAGUAUCAGCUGGAAACAUCUUGGCUAAAGUGCAGGAGGGACCUGCCCCAACAAAUGCUCCUUAUGAUGAACUGUGAUUUUACUUCCAUCCAUUGUUUAUACAUGAGCUUACAUCCAGAGGCAAGCUUACCUUUAAGAGUUCUUAUUUCUUAUUAGUACAUGUUGUCUAAAGUAACGUUUGCCCAAAAAGGCUAUACUGGUGCUUUAACCUGCUGUUAGACUUGAGUUGAAAUCGGAGUAUGCUUUAUGUUUCUUC